GGUGGCCAGGCGAACACACCAAACCGAACCGAAGGAUAAUAAGCGCACGGCAAUAAACGAACAGUAAAAGUUUCGCAAGCCAUUUUAAUUUAAUUCUUAAGCUUAAUUUAUAUGUGAUGUGAUUUAUUAAGUGAGAACAUUAUUUCUGUAAUAUAUACAUAUAACAAAGAGCAUCGAGCUAUAUAGUACAAACGAAAAAAAAGCAAACAUUUACGGCAUUUUCAUUCCUAAGAAUGCGAAAUAGCUUAACUUGUGCGAAAGUGAAAGUUUUGAGUUUGUUUACAAAUCUACUUUAAGGAUAUUAACAUUCUUCUUUGUGUAGUGUAGAAUUAAAGUUGGAAUGUGACUUGACAUAAAGUACAAUUGAUGCAAUAAAAUGUUCCACAGCAAAGAAUGCCAUCAACAAGUUCAACAAAUUCCAGUUAUAUUUAAAUCAUAAAUAACACACACAAAAACUAAAAGAAAAGAGAACUCAAUAUGCAUCAAGUACUCAGCUAUGAGACGGCUGUGAGGGCCAACAGCAGCCGUGACUAUCGCGAAUUUGUAUCAAAGCGCACCUGCGCCUCGCUGCUCUUGACAAUUGGCUUUUUCAUGCUCGUCUCAGGCUAUUUGCUGGGUAAUUUCGUGACGGAACGCAAAUAUCACAUACGCCAGUUGCUCACAAAAAAGGCAAUUAAGAGCGGAGGCGUUGGCAGUGGCGGAGAUGGCACUGUGGACAUUGAUGGCAAUAGGUCAGUGCAGUUGAAUAGUGCGGAUUAUGGCAGCUUGCAGGAGCUGCGAGCAUAUCACAAAACCAAGGAACAACUGCUAUCCGCUGCUCAGGUUCUCAAUAAAUUGUUGCAGCAGGACGAGAGUGAACGCUAUUUGGCCACAUCGCUGAACACGGAGAUUUUCAACAAAUACAUUAGCUGCACUCAGGACAUUCCGCCCAAUACGAACAUAAAGGCAAGCCAGUUUAUCGAGCAGCUGAUCGACAACACAAUUGCCAGACAACGCGACUGCAUGCGAAUUAUCCAGGUGGUCAUCGACAAUCAUCUCGCCAAUAGCCAGCUUUAAAGAGCACUUGAUUUAAUCGAAUAUGAUUAGCAGAGUUCAUCUAUAUGUGUGCUUUAGUUUUAAUAUUUUGAUAUGGUAGUGUAUGGAUUUUUAUAAAUAUUUGUGUGUAUGCGUAGAGAGUUUUCACAAUGUGUAUUUUCAAAGCUAAUAAAAGCAAACGAUAAACGAUA